CCAGCAUUGAUAUUGAUGGCUUUAUCUCUCUUUAUUUGCGUCUCGACCAGUCUCGUCGCACGAACACUUCGAACUGCAUGCAGACGGCAGUACACCCACGAGCAAGGAAUUUGUCAGAAUUCUGCAUCCAGGUGACGAGCCAUGGUGCCAUAUAACACAUAGAGCAAGUCCGUCUUCCAGUCGGACUCAUUCACACACACCCUGACUCCUUCAACGUUUAUUCAAGAUGCUGCGUGCAACCCUCUCUUCACCUAGGUCAUUGGCUACUCGUAGCUCGUCUGCAAUUUAUCGCACUCUCUUCGUGCGAGAGUAUGCAGUGGCGCCGUCCACCGGCUCUACGGGGACGAUUUCUCCAGAAAUAUUGCAUGCUCGUCGUACGCCGAAGAAAGAAGGUACUAUUGCAGAUGUAUUCGAUUUAACAGGAGCUCCUCCCCUUCCCCAACGGUUCUCUGAUUUGAAGAAAGAGAUUUACCAUGACGGUAUAAUUCAGAGCUGGAGAGAGGUCUUAGACGAGCUGAAAGUCACGACCGAAGAGAUUGCGUCCGAAGGUGGUAGGGUAGGACUUGACUCAUAUUUAGAUUGUAUUUCAUUAGCUAAGCAAGGUGAGGAGCAAAAGAAAUCAAUCAAGAAGACAGGUACCGUGAUUGUUAAGGGUGGUGUUCUCAAGGAUGAAGCCUUAGCGUGGAAGCAAGCGAUCAGAGAUUACGCAGCCGCCAAUGGAGAUAAAGUGAAGGGAACCCCGGCAGAAAACAUUGUGUUCUAUGAGGUAUACAACUCAAAGGCUCAGGUAGCAGCAAGAACGCACCCCGCUCUCAUCAACACACAACGUGCACUUUUGACUCUGUGGCACUCUUCUGAUCCUUCUACGCCGGCGGAUUUCUCGACUCCCAUUAGCUACUUUGAUCGACUCCGUAUCCGUGCUCCUGGUCCUAGUAGCUUUACUCUAGGUCCUCAUAUUGACGGUGGAGGCCUUGAAAGGUGGGAGGAUCCUGGCUACCGUGCUUGUUUCGCACGUAUCCUGGAGGGUCGUUGGAAAGAACACGACCCGUUUGAUGCCACACCGAGGCUCGAUGCUAAACAAGAUCUAUACCAUGCACCGAACCAAUGCUCAGUAUUCCGUCCAUGGCAAGGAUGGACCUCCAUGUCGACCACUGGUCCUCGAGAAGGCACACUACGUUUGCUUCCUUUCCUCUCCCUUUCCACUGCCUAUAUCAUCCUCCGACCUUUCUUCCGACCCAAGCCAGGCAGAAUUGUAGAUGGCAAAGUCUCUUUGACUGCGGAUGAUUGGGAACUGAACUUAGACGGUACCGACUUCCCUGGAAGCCAAAUGGCUAAAGCACAAUUGCUCAACGAGGAGACUCAUCCUCACCUGCGAAUCGAUAAGGCGAUGAUUUCGUUGCCUCAGAUGGAACCGGGCGAUCAGGUCUACUGGCACUGUGAUUUGGUUCAUGCCGUCGAGGCUGAACAUAUUGGAAAGGGCGACUCGUCCGUCUUGUAUAUACCCGCCACCCCACUGACUGUUAAGAAUGCAUCUUACCUUCGCGACCAGCGGGAUAACUUCAUCGCCGGAUAUCCUCCUCCUGAUUUCCCUGGAGGCGAAGGUGAAGCCGGCUUCAAAGGUCGUGCGACAGUCGACGAUGUUGCUUCAGGACUGGGCCGCCGCCUGCUUGGUCUGGAGCCUUUCGAAGUCCCCUCCAAUGCAAGUGCAGGGGUGGCCAAAGUUAUCAAACAAGCUAACGCCAUUCUCUUCUGAUUUGAACGUGUAUGCCUGUUCCUCGCUUUGUAUUUCUGCUGUACUUUUAGGAUAUGGCCACCACACACGCCUGAAUGUCAGGCAUCGUUGUACAGUGCCUUCAGGGUUCUAUACGGUGCUUUGCCUUCUUCGGUAUGUUGCUUCUCAAAGCCAGGUAUCUAUCAGUCAGACGCUAUGAGUAUCGCGGAUAGAAUAGUGCUCGAGAACUCACAUGUUCACCUUCCGUUGUAUUUCAUGGCGGUCGUUCUGUUGAACUUCAAUUUCGUCUAACACUAGGCUCGUCUCUACGACGCCGAAAGUACGCACCAUGGCUCCUUCGGCGACUCGGCGGCCGACGAUCUUACUCUUUGGGGCAUAUGGUGUCAGAAAUUUUACAGCGCCUGAGGGCAUCUUCCUGAUGUCAUCUAUUGGCGAGUGUUGGCGGUGAUCUCUUCGUAUUCAUUCAGCAGCGUGUCAGGAACCGGAAAUCCAUAGCAUUUGCCCAAAAUGGGCUGUCUUGUU